CGUUCGUGACAGACAUACACCAAGGAGGCACUGAUUUUUCUUAUGAUGCGAAAAUAGGCUUCCACGGUUAAGUUAUGCUAAAAAUAUUCAGUGCAUUUUUUAUAUUAAAAAACGGAAGCCAUAAGCAUCUGGAGUUUCAUUUCAUACACAUUCAUGCACGGUUAGGAGUGCGUCUCUUGUGAAGUUGUUUGUGUUUUUUGUGGGAGUUCUACCCCCAGUACAGCAGGUGGCGCCGGCGUAACCGAACGUUAGAAACCCCGCGGCGUCACGUGACACGAUAACGCCUUUUUGAAACACGAAGGCGAGCGAAACUUGCGUAAUGUAAAAGAAUAUGAUAUAGCUCAAAAGUAUAGCUUUUUGUUCGGUUCUGCGAUUACGUGUGUGCUACCGGCAAGUAUAGAUAUUAAAUGGAAGCGCUGUACUUUAGUUCGUCCUGAUAAAAAAAGCGGUAAAACUGCAAGACCGUUCAUGUCAUCCAGCAAAGCAGCUUCGGUCGCUCGUGAAGAUGGCGAGCCCGCUGCUGGAGUACGAGACGGAGAUGUUUCUGAGUUUGUUCAGCUCGGACGGCUUGCUGGUCACAGCCGAGGGGCUCGGGGUCGACCGUAUUCUCUUACACUUCAUGAGAGUCUAUUCGGAGGAGGGCAGUCUGGUGCUCCUGUUAAACACGACCACUCCUGAACAGGAGUAUUUUACAGAGCAGCUCCGCGCUGAAGGAGUAAGCCAUCUUCCCCAGACUGUGACCAGCGAUGUGCAUAAUAAUGAAAGAUAUAACGUGUACACUAAAGGAGGAGUUCUCUUUGUGACCAGCCGCAUCCUAGUGGUGGACUUCCUCACCGACCGAAUUCCUGCUAACCUCAUAACAGGAAUCCUGGUGUAUCGUGCGCAUAAGAUCAUUGAGUCUUGUCAGGAGGCUUUCAUUCUGAGACUUUAUCGGCAGAAAAACAAGACCGGGUUCAUCAAGGCCUUUACGGACAAGGCCACGUCCUUCUCUUCUGGCUUCUGUAAAGUCGAGCGUGUCAUGAGAAACCUGUUUGUGAAGAAGCUCUUUCUUUGGCCAAGAUUUCAAGCAUCAGUGAACACAACGCUGGACAAACACAAGCCGGAUGUGGUGGAGCUCCAUGUGUCUCUGACUCCAGCGAUGAGAGCCAUUCAGAGCUCUAUCCUGGACAUCAUGAACGCCUGCUUGAAAGAGCUGAAGCGCUACAAUCCCACUCUGGAAGCAGAAGACCUCUCUCUGGAGAACAGCCUGGGCACUUCCUUUGAAAAAACAAUUCGCCAUUAUCUUGACCCAUUGUGGCAUCAGCUGGGGUCCAGGACCAAAUCUCUCGUUCAGGACCUAAAGAUUUUAAGAACCCUUCUUCUCUACCUCACGCAGUACGACUGUGUCACCUUCCUCAAUCUGCUAGAGUCUUUAAGAACCAGCCAGAAAAGCUUCGGUAGCAAUUCAGGCUUUUUUUUUUUUUUUUUUUUNACUUCAAUGUUUGUAAAUGCUCGCAGCCGCGUGUAUUGCAUGCGAGAGUCAAAGAAGAAACUAAAAGUUGGAGAGAACGACCAGAAACGAAGUGCUCUAGGCCCUCCGAUAAGAGAGCUCGUGCUUGAGAAAAAUCCAAAGUGGGAAGCGUUAACAGAGGUGCUACAAGAGAUUGAGAAAGAAAACAGCAGCUCCGAGCGUGAACCAGGCCGUGUGUUGAUUUGCGCCAGUGAUGACAGAACAUGUGCUCAGCUGAAGGAAUAUAUCCAAAAAGGAGCAGAGCACCUACUGAAUCGCCUUUAUUCACGCACCAUUGGAAAAGAAGAUCCUCAGCCUGAUUUACUGAAGCUUGACAAAGGCUGGAGCAAGAAGGCCUCCGCUAAGAGCAAAGGGAAAAACGGGCGGCCAAAAAAAAAACAAACCGCCUCAAAGAAACCAACAAAGAAUGACAGACCUUCAAGAGUCUCUCAGAUGGAGAGGCAGGAAGACGGAGCUGAAAAGGACCUAAUUGGAAACAGUGGAGAUGAAGGAAGUUUGGCUGAAGAGGAGGAGGAGGAGGAAGAAGAAGAGAUUCUUCUUGAUAUUUCUUCCGAUGACUACUACGGAAUCCUUAAAGAGCCGUUGACUGUCAUUCACCCUUUGAAGGGAUGCAGCGACCCCUACAGUUUGACGCGGGUGUUGCACGAAGUCGACCCCAUGUUUGUUGUUUUGUAUGAUGCAGAACUCAGUUUUGUGCGGCAACUUGAGAUUUAUAAAGCCAGCAGGCCAGGAAAACCUCUCCGUGUAUAUUUUCUUAUAUAUGGAGGCUCGACAGAAGAACAGAGGUAUCUUACAGUCUUGAGCAAGGAAAAACAAGCAUUUGAGUACCUCAUAAGGGAAAAGGCCAGCAUGGUCGUUCCAGAAGAGAGAGAGGGUAGGGAAGACACCAACCUAGAUCUUGUCCGCAGUCAGGAACCUGCCAGUGCCGCCACCAACACCCGCAAAGCAGGGGGCCGUGAAGAUGUUAAAGAGCCUCAGCGAAUCAUAGUUGACAUGCGGGAGUUCCGCAGUGAGCUUCCUUCCCUCCUGCAUCAACGGGGUCUCGACAUUGAGCCCAUCACCUUAGAGGUCGGCGACUACAUAUUGACUUCAGAGAUCUGCGUGGAGCGCAAAAGCGUCAGCGAUCUCAUUGGGUCACUACAAAGCGGGCGUCUCUACACACAGUGCCUCUCUAUGACUCGAUUCUAUCGCCGUCCGGUGCUGCUUAUCGAGUUUGACCCCGCCAAGCCUUUCUCCCUCGUGGCCCGCAGUGAUUUUCGUCAGGAGAUUUCUGCCAGCGACGUCACAUCUAAACUGACCCUCCUCACCCUCCAUUUCCCCCGCCUGAGGCUGCUCUGGUGCCCGUCUCCCUACGUGACGGCAGAGCUGUUUCAGGAGCUCAAACGCGGCCGCCCGGAGCCCGACGCCGCCACAGCUCAGGCCGUUACUGCCGAAUCAGAGACGGUGACGGAGUCAGCAGACCUGUACAACCCCGGACCUCACGACUUCUUGCUCCGCAUGCCUGGAGUCAAUGUGAAAAACUUCAAGAGCCUUGUAAAACACGCUUCCUGUCUGGCCGAUCUUCUAACAUUUAGUCAGGAAAAGCUCAGUGAGAUCUUGGCCAGUGGUAGCAAUGCCAGGCAGCUUUACGAAUUCCUACACAAUCCUAUGGAUGUGGUGCCUGUUCAGAAAAACAAGCAGACAUUGUAAAGAUGAAAAGUAUUGGCGUCGUAAUCUCAGGUUUGGUAAUUGUUCCUUGUCAAAAGGGAUCGGUGUUCAUAUUUAUUAGGAAAUGUUUGUAUUAAAUGCAGUGAGUGAAUUAUUAUAUUUAUGAAUAUUUAAAGGGAUAAUUCACCCAAAUCUGUCAUUUAACUACUAACCUUCAUGUCAUUCCAAACCUUCGUUUAUCGUUGGAACACAAAUUUCUUGAUGAAUUCUAAGAGCUCUCUGACCCUCCCAUAAACAGCAUAGAUCCUAACACAAUCAACUGUAAUUUCACAAAGCUAUGAGAAUACUUUUUGUGUACAAAGAAAACAAAAAUAAUAACAUUUUCUAAUUUUUAUGGUGCCAUUUUUGAAGAGUAACACAUACGUAAUAAACGCAUGCAAUGUUAUGUAUACCACGAAUACAUUGUUUGCGUAUGCGAUACUCUCCAAAAUGGUGCUAUAAAAAGGAGCAAAAGAUUAAUUGUUGAAUAAAGGGGUUUUUUGUGUGCGUAUAAAGUAUUCUUACGGUUGUCAUACCACUGAUGUCAUAUGGAUUAAUUGAACAAGGUUCUUACUACCUUUCUGGACCUUGAUGUUAGGAUCAAUGUUGUCUGUGGAAGGGGUCAGAAAGCCCUCGGAAAUCAUCAGAAGUGUUUUAAUUCGUGUUCCAAAAAUGAAUGCUGGUCCUCGAGCUUAGCAACGACAUGAGGAUGAGUAAUUAACGACAGUGUUUUCCUUUUUGGGUGAAGUAUUCCUUUAAAUACCUUGUUUGUUAGAAUCUAACUUUGCGGUUUGUAAUGAAUUGCAACAUUGCUGUGUAUUGUGGAAAUUUAAAUGCACUUGCUUAUUUUAAUAUUUAAUAUUUUCAUGGCCAAAUUCCACUCUUAAAAAAAUUCAUGAAUAAAAUAAAUUAUUUCUCUAA